AAUGAUAAGUUUAGCAGCUCACCGACAGCAUAAUUGAUGAAGGAACAGCAAGCUGCUCUUGUCGGAGGUCCGUCGCUUUAGCACGCUGGCGCUUGAAUAGAAACACGCACUUGAGUAGCACUGACUGCCAGCGGAAUGGAUGCCGGCGAGCCGUCGCCGACCAGGCGCGGUGACCAGGGCGACACAACCACAUCGCCCGGCGAACCACCAAGCGCGCGGUCAGCUGCGCAGUCGAACCCAUUGCCUACACCGUUUAGUGCUCCAAAUAACGCGCCUUCAAGUGGAAAAGACAAGGAGCUGCACAAGCAGGACUCAUUCGCAGCGCGAGUCCGCGCAGCACGCCGCGUGCCUACCCUACUCCGAGACAACAGCACCAGUAUACCGGCGGCCCCGCCUGCGCUCUUCCGAUGGGAGACACGUGGCCACUUCUGGUCGGAGCUAGAGAAGUCGCCGAUGGAUGGGAACAGGGCGGAUGGGUCUUCCGUGCACCGCUUUGGCCAGGCGGCGUCGAUGUGGUGCCGGGCUGCCAGCGUUUCUGUCAAGAACGUGUGGGCGGUCGUGCGGCGCAAGCCCAGCAUUCUGUUGUGGCCGCUGCUGCUGCUCGCGGUGCUGCUCGCUGCGGGCAUCGUGGGCGUGACGCUGAGUGCCAACGAUUACGAGACGAGCAGCCAGGAUGACGCAAUGAUCGCGGGCGCCAAGGCCGUGAACGCGCUACAGCUGGUGGUGGAGCGGGCGCUACAGCCGCUGCGGGCUGCUGAGGUGGUGGUGCAGCUACAGCCGGCCAUGGCGGUGCUGGGGCCGUCGCUGCAGCGCAUCUCGACACGACCCCUGGACCAGGCGCCACCGGUGAUCUCGUCCCUGUUCCUGAGCCCAUUCGGCCUGGUGCGGGCCAGCGUGACGCCGCGGUAUGAGAGCCCCGCGACCGCCGCUGUCGUGACGCCGCCCUUGGGCACCCUGCUGAUGCCGGGAGAGCCGCUGCGCCUUGGGCAGCUGCAGGACAUCAUGCUGCGGGUGCCCGACUGGCUGCCGCCGGGAAGCCGCGUCAGCAGCGGCCCCGCCACCGCCACCACCACCACCGGCACGACCGGCGGCGGCGCCAAGGCGGCUGCCACGUCGGCACUGCUGGUCGUACACAAGCCCGUCCUCAUCAUCAACGCCCGGCCCACCGACGCGUGGAACAACAGCAGUCCGUGCGGCUCACUGCCACCCCCGACAACAGGCCCCGAUACCGACUCCAACGCCCUCACCAGCAACCCCAGCGUUGCGGGCGGGCACUGCCUCUUCCUGCCCAGCAACACGAGCGCUACCGCCGGAGCCACGCCGGCUGCUACAGCCGCAGCGGACGGCAGUAGCAGCGGGGGCGGCGGCGUGGCGGUGAAUGGCACGCGGCUGUGGGGUUUCGUGUCGGGGCUGGUGCGAGUGGAGGACCUGGUGCAACAGCCGGCGGCGGGGCUGCAGCAGCUGCGUUCACUCGGCUAUCUGUGGAGGCUGACCAUCCGCGCGGCGCCGCUGCCGGGCGCCGCCGCGCCAGUGGCGGCCACAGUCACGUGCGACACGCCGCCAUCUGACGGCAGCCCUGUAUUGCCGGUGGUGGUGUUGGACGCAGAGUGGCAGUUGGAGCUGGAGAAGAAGGGAGGCCACCGGCCGUCCUGGGAGGCGCCCCUGCUUGCGGUGGUGGUGCUUGCGAGUCUGGCCCUGAGCGCGCUGCUGCUGGCGGCGCUGGUCAUCCAGCAGCGCCACCUCAUCCUGCUGGAGGCCAUGCUGCCCAAGAAGGUCAUCAAGCUGCUGGGCACCGGGCGGCCCUUCUACCAGCACUACGAGGGCGUGACGGUGCUGUACGCCGACAUCAUCCGCUACUCCAACGCGCCCGCCGGCAUGCCGCCCCAGGAGGUGGUGUCGCUGCUGAACGACGUGCACAACAUGUACGACAGCCUGCUGGACAAACACGGCCUCAUCAAGAUCCGCCGGAGCGGCGAGGCGUUUCUGGGCGUGGGCGGCUGUCCCACCGCCGAGGACCCGGUGAGGGCGGCGCUGCGGGCGGCGCUGUGUGCGCGCGAGAUGGUGCUGGCCACUGCCGCGUUCCGCAGCAGCGCCGGACAGCGAGUGCAGAUCCGCCUGGGGCUGCACUCGGGCCCGGUGGUUGCCGCGGUGGUGGGCACACACAUGCCGCGCUUCUCCCUGUUCGGCGACACCAUCGACAUCUCCCACUUCAUGGAGGCCACGUCCUCCGUCAUGCGUGUGCACGUCAGCGACACCACAGCCGAGCUGCUCACCAUUGCGGACGACCCCCUUGUGUCUCUUCAGCCGAGAGGCGUCAUCGACGUCAGGGGCCGCGGCGCCAUCACCACAUCCUGGCUGCGACUGGACCUGCUCUCCAGCGUCACCAGCCUCGGCCCCUCGCGCCAGCUCACCAUGGCAGGCGACCGCGGCGGCAGCCGCGCCUCCGCCCAGCCCUCGCUUCAGGCGCCCUGGGCGGACGGCGACGGCGGGGAGCGAGACAGUGGGGUGGGGACAGCCGCUGGCGGGGCCGCGGCGAGCAGGGCGUCGGCGGGAGGAGGCGCCGCCGACGGCCGCGCGAGCGCUGGCGACGCACUGGCGCUGCUGGCAGCGGCUGGCGCCAGCCGCGGCGGAAGCCAGCAGCAGGGGCCGGCGGGUGGCGUCAAUGCGCACGGCAGCGGGGGUGGCGCGGGCGGCGGCAGGGGCGGCGGAGGCGGGGGCGAUGGCAGUGUGCGAGGCGGGCGGGCAGGCGGGCCGCGGGAGGCGCCGUCAGACAUCGCCUGUGCCGCGGACCUCGCUGUGGCCGCGGCCAUGGGCGUGCGGGGCGCGCCGCUGGUGCGCAAGCUGUCGCAGACGGGCCUGACGCAGACGCGCCGCGCGCUGCCGGACCGGCGGCAGCGUGAGGGUGUGGCGGCGGCGGCCGCGGCGGCGGUGGAGCGCUCGAUGCUGGGCAGCUUCACGCUGCGGCUGGAGGAGGUCACUGUGGGCGCCUUCCGGAGCCUGCUGGCCGCGCCGCUGCCGCCGCCGGUGCUGGUGCGCGGCGCGGACGAUGACGGUGACGAGGAGGAGGCGGUGGGCAUUGGGGGCGUGGGAGGAACGGGAGGAGGAGGAGGAGGGGUUGGAGGCGGUCGAUAUGACCUGCGGGACGUGACCGGCUGGAUGAGCGCCCCCAAGCCCCCACGGAAAUGGCGGCGGCCGCCGCCGCCGGGGCAGGAGGAGCAGGGGGACCAGCCCAAGCAGGAGGUGGUGGUGGCGGCGCUAGCAGAGAAAGUGGCCGCGCCGCCAGCAGCAGCGGCGGCGGUGGCUGUAGCAACAUCUGGCGGUGGUGCCGCUGCGGAGAUGCCAGAUGCCGCGGCCUCAGCAGUCACCCUUGAAGUGCCAACGGAUGCAGCUGCAGCGGCUGUAGGUCCUGGCGACAAGGACACACCGGCGCAUCUGGCGACGGUGGUCUCGGACACUGCCUCCUCCUCGCUCGGUGUGCCGACGGGGGCGGCGGGGGACAUGGCUGGCGGCAGUCGCAGUAGCAGUAGCCGCCGCCGCCACGUGGUAGAUGCAGAGCCCACAGCCAACUGCCCAAUUUGCGACGAGCCUGCCGCCACUGACACCAGCCGCUGGGGCAGCAGCGGCAGUAGCAGCAUGAGCAGGCGCGAGGCGGCGGCAGGUGUGCAGGCGGCUGUAGCUGUCGGCGGCAGCAGCAUUGACGGCGAGCACGGCGUUGCAAAGCGAGCGCAGCAACAGCCGCACCGCAUACCGGCGCCUGUUGCGGGCGGGGAGAUUGAGGAGGCAUAGCACGGGGGUUACGGAUGAAGCAGCGAAACACACGCACACGCACGGGACGUCGCCGUGACGCGUUGAGGGUGCCUGUACAAACCGACCCCGGGUAUGUCCGGGGGAUGAGGUAGACGCUUGCGGCCUCGGACUAGAGACGCGUGGCGUGGGCGCAGCCCACUCUUCCCUUGCGAAGGGAAACCACCUUCUCCUGCUGUUGAUGCACCCUGCAAGCUUACUACUUGGGAGACACCAGGGAGGUUGGAUGGAUGGUGUUUGCUGGAAAUGAGCGUGUGUGAGGGCGAGGCGCAUGGAGCAUGCAUGUAUGUUUUGUGGCUAGCAUGCAUAUUUGCAUUCGCUCAUCCGCCGUGCGACUAGUGCGAGCACGCCAGGGCGACAGUGGGCGCGGGCGGGCGGUGAUUCUCCUGUACGUGCAGCGUGCACUUGUGUGCCGUAUGGAGGGAGCGGGCCUAGGGAGGAUAGCGAGAGGACGGCGAGGCGUGGGGGCGGCGAGGACGGAGAAGGCGAGGGUGUGUUACAUGCCAAGCAAGGCCCCUCAGAGCCGUGUAAGGUGGUGUUGAGAAACACCGGGUUUUGAUUG